AUGUUGGGACAAGUUGCUCAAAGAUACUCCAGCCAUAGCGCUUCUAGUAAGAGUGUGGUGACCCUCAGUUUUCCAAUUACAAAAUGUGCUCUAUGGGAUCACACUCCAACAGGAUCAACAGUCAAUGUUCAUUUAGCGUAUUAUAGGAAUGUUGAAAUUCACGUCGAGAAAAAGGUGCUGCAGUUAGCCCAGAGAUAUGCUGAUGAUUCUGGAAGCAACCGAUACCAUUGUCUGCUUACUGGCUCCGUCCUCUCUGAAAUAGAUGGAGAAGGUGUAAAGUUAUUGCUUGAUCGGUUCGACCCAGGCCGAGAUAAUGCGGGGUUCAGUCCAAGUGCUAUGGUACCUGGUGACAUCAGCAUUCCUUGCAUUAUGCAGAAGAAAGAUGCGAACUCAACCAGUCAAGCGUCUGUAUCCGAUUACAUUACAGUACUCAAGAUGCUUGAACAGCGAUGUGGUACAAAUGACAAAGUGGAGCUGAUAAACUUCUUCAUUCUGAAGUGCCUCAGCAAAUACGCUGCCAGUGGAAGCGACAUAUCUUUGGCGAUGGAGUUUGACUUCAUCACCCUGGCGACCAGCUUGAAGGCAACUCCUAUCAGCUCUGUUCCAAUAAUGCCCACUGCUCUGUCAAAGAAUCUGAUGGGGCCAAUGAAUAUGAGUAAUUUACAAGGAGAGCCAAAGAUGGGUUACCUUACCAUGGACCAUACCCGUAAAUUACUGCUGAUCUUACAGUCUGAUCCGAAGGUUCAAACCCUUCCACUCGUGGGAAUCUGGGUGACUGGUGUGCGGUAUGUGUAUGACCCGUACGUCUGGUGCAGCUGUCUCCGAUACCUUCAUAACAAUAGCAUACAGGAAAGAGUGUGUGCUGCCCCAGAAGCAUUCCUUGUUGCCCUCUUCUCGCCACUCCACUCGAAGCCCGAGUUCUACGAAUGUUUGACGGAAGACAAGACGUCUCGCCUCAAGUUUGAGCUCAACACUUGCCUGGAAUCUGUGGAAUUGACGCAGUCUGUCCAGUAUCGACCGGACGAUUGUCUCGUUUUCGAUCUUCAGAAGGUAGAUAAUGGUGCGAAGAUGCAGGCAUUUACUUCAGCAACAGAGGCGCUCAAACAAGCUAUCCCCGAGAAGGACAAACCACAGAAACCACUGACUGAAAUCUCAGUGAAUAUCGAUGACUUGAUGCCACGCUCAUCGCCUUCACCUCAUCAGACCAAGGCGCCCGUUAUCCAGCCCCAGGUGCCUGAGGUAUCCUUACUGUUUGAUGACGAGGGAGUCAAGAGCCAGCCACCAAGGAUGCCGCUGGGAUAUUCAGUCUUCAAGCAAAGGAAUGAUGAAAACAGUCCAGUCCUUAACGAAUCCAAUGCUCAUCGGAAUAAGUCCGCCUUGCAAAGUCAAUCUUCCAGCGUUCGUGCACCUCUGAAAACGCUCAAUCGGGAUAUUAACUCAAAAGCUAAAAUGUCGCAGAGCUCGAGAUUGAAUCGGGAGAAUGUUUCUGUGGAAAAAACCUCAACACAUGACUAUUCUCGAAGGAUAUCCCUUGAAUCAAAAAGUGAACAGGAGGAGAAUACAGACACUGGUAGCCCUGGCGGUUAUUUUGGAGUUAGUUCAAGUGGGCCCUUCCCUGGUUCAGCUAAAGGUCCAAGUAGUCAUGGCAUGCGUAUGCGGAGCCCGAACAUGGCACCUGCGGCAAGUCAGUCUGGUCAGUACGGGAUGCGUUAUACGUCGCCACCGUAUAUGGGACCAAGAGCCCCUUACUCAGAUCAGUAUUAUCAUCCUGGGAUGCAGUUGCAUCCUGGCAGCACAGGAUCACCCCCUGGAAUGUAUCCAAUGCCUCCACGUGGUGGAUACCCAGUUAGGGGACAAAUGCCCCGACAUCCUUAUGGAGGCUACAUGCCAAGACCUUAUCCUGGGCAGUAUGCUCCUCGAGGUCCACCGGUCACGGGUCCAGGACCGUACUACCCCCAAUCCCAGGGAAACAGGUACCCAGUGCCACCAUAUCGGCCUGCACAGUAUCGAUCAUCACCACCUCAACCAAUGAACACUUUCACAUCUACCUCGGACACAAUGGUACCUCCACCUCGAAACGUUGCUCAAGAAUUCAACCCCAGUCCAUCAACAAACAUGCCGUCAUUUCAGCCCGUGUCAUCCCACAUUGUCUCCUCUGUUACAACAGCUUUGCAAACGGCCAGUUCGAAUAUCUCCAGUGGAGUUGCAGCAACAAAUGGCAACUCUUGCUCCAUCCAGACAAGUCAUGCAAGUCCAUCCAGAGAUAGCCAACCUCAUGGUGCGAUUCCUCCUCUGACACCAUCAGCAGGGGAGCCAAGCCUGCCCUUGUCAAGCCCGGGUUCUAUUACCACGAACAUGGCACAGGAGAAGCCAGACAACGGCCAUGAAGUGAAUGGUGUGGCAGUCACACCAGAGGUAUACAAGCUCCUCAAGCAGCAAGACACACAGCUCAAACUACUGCAGGCGCAGCUGCAGAAACUCUUGGCCAAUCAGGAACCAAAGGAGCAAGAAGUUGAGAAACCCUCGGUCGACAGCAGUGCUGACUCUUAUCAAUCCAUCAUGAAGAAGUUCCAGUCGACGCCAUCUAAGAAGAGUUGCAGUAUCGCGACAAACACUAGUUUGUUCUUCUCCGGGCCUGCCUCUCCUCAGCGGAGUCGCCUUGGGAAUCGGGACGUGGCAGACGUCAAGGUGACAGACUCCUGCAAAGGGAAACGGCUGUCCCUUGGAAGUGAAACGAUCGUCGCCGAACACCAGCCUAAUUCGUUGGGAGGCACCACUGAUGAAGAUGAUGAUGAGACGACAAAUGGUACCGAGACGACGAAUAAUAAUUCGUUUACGUUCAGCAUGCAGAUGAUGACUCUUCAAGAUGGUACAAUGGAGAGCUCCAUGUCAGAUAUGAUCGUCGACUUACCCUGCUAUGAUACUGGUUCUGGAGGUGAUGACCCUGACAGUCAAGACAUAAGGAGCGUCAGUAUGUACAGCCACCAGGAUUCUCCACCAGUGAUGCCUUGUGAGAUGGGAGACGAACAGCUGGUUCCUGGAAAGGAAGAUAACUCGCGCGAAUAUUAUGAAAAUUUGAUCGGUAACAUCCAUGACUUACUCAACAAGAUUCCUGCCAGCAGUCACCAAGGCAGCGUUCAGAGUUCAGUUAACUCUUCACUUGUCGACCAGGAACCAGUCCGAGAUGUUGCUAUGGCAACAUUGGAACACUUGAAAAAGAUCGGAAUCUAUAACGAAAAGGAUGAAAAUGAUUCUUACGGCGUCAACAAGACCCUGAUCAACGUAGAAGCUGCCGUCCUUCAUAAGAUUAACUAUGUCUCUAUGAUGUUUGACGACAACAGCGAUACUGACGUCUCCAUGGAAGUCAACGCGCUCGCCAUGAAGUACCUCAGUGAUGACCAGCUCUCCCAGAUGGCCAAGUUAUCAACCACUUCCCGCGCCCGUCGAGCAGCACGAUCAUCUCAGAAUAUCCUGCAGCGUGUCAUGCAUAACAAGGCCGCCGACCAAUCAUCGAAUGUCACACUUUAUGGCAUGGCAGCUAAUAACAUGUCAUUUGCUACCAAGAAAUAUAUGGAACGCUAUGGACUUCUUGAUGGUGGUAAAUCGGGUACAAAUGCCAGUUUGUGUCUUGAUGGAGUUGACGCUGAUGACACAUGCGCUAAUAUGUCUGUGCUAAACCAGGAGUAUCUACGUGUGCCGCCGCAGGCAUGGCACAAUAUGAGCUUAGAUGAAGAGCCAUCCAAAUUGGAAGCAUCUGAUCAUGCUGAAUCGAGAUCUAGCCCCCUUUUUGCUGAAAAGGACGAUAAGUUCAGUGCUCCCCAUCCAAACAUUGUCCCCUCAAGCACCGCUGAUCAUGCCCCAGUAUUUAUCGAUCGAUUUGUUCCCGUCACAAACCAAAAUAAUGACUUUGACCAAUGCGACAGUUUAAUGUCUCGUGGCCAAGCUUCAUCGUUCAGCUCUGAAUGCUCAAGUUAUUGCGGAGAUUCCUGCACUUCUGGUGAAUUCUGUCCUGGCUGUGUCAUACCACGGCCCCGCUCCGAUACCUUGCCUCUGGGAUCACCACGGAGAGUAGAAAAGGGAAGACGGAGAUCGGAAGGAGAGCCUCUCCAUGAUUCCUGUCCAGAUUUCACCAGAACCAAACCUUUGGAUAGUUCACGCUCCAUGACAAGAUCCCCUGCUGCAAAUCCUGAUUGCCAUGAGCAAUAUGCCAAUACCACGGCCGAUAGCGCUUCCACAACUGAUCACGAGGUGAGGAAAAUCUUAGAAAAGCCGAUCGGAAGUUUUGAAACUGAUACAGUUUUCUCAGUGGAGGAAAGCCAAGCUGCUGUUACCGCGGAGGAUGACGGUUUUAGAGUAUUUGACCGCCCAGCUCGAGAAAUGAAGCGGGAACCGCUGCCACAGCAAGCUGACCUCAGGGUAAUGAGCUACAGCUUAAGAGAGGAGUCUGUCUGUGAAACUAUUCUAGACAUACAGAGACUGAAACAACUGCCCAAGUUGCUUUAGUGUGUUCAACCUGAUGAGUUAUAAAAAUGACCUGGGUCGUGAGUGUUGCCACUGUUGGUCCAAAGGUUGUUGUAAUGCAGUGAGAACAGACGGUACUGCAUGUAAGGUUGGUGUUCUGUAGAUAUGGACUGGCAUGAAUCAAUAUGUAUUUGAUAUCGCAGGGGUAGCAUAGGGACAAUAGAUAUGUAAGUUCUUUAUAGUGUUCAGUAGAUUUCUAGAAACUUGAACUUGAAAAAUUAAUGACAGGAGUGCUGUGGUUUUAAUAACUUGAUAAAUUUUGCUGUUGAUCAGAUGUGUCUGUUUUAUAUUCUUGUACAUGUACUUAAAAUGCUACAUUUCAGUAUUUCAAAGAAUUGGACCUGCCAAAAAUUGUACUUAAUAUAUUGUAUAAACUAAGCAUUGGUCCUAAAACAAUAUUAGUUUUUGUUUUGGAUGGGGGAUAAUGGUGAGCAAAGGACAUCAUACGAAUUGAGUGAAUGUAAUUUGGUUGCCUUGAAUCAGGGGUUUCUGUGUUUGCACUUUCUAACAUCCCGUCUUCUUGGUGGAAAUGCCUCUACAGCUGUUGUCUUAAAGGAACAGAUCUCUGAAUGCUUGUGAUGUAAAUAUCGAAAUAAUAUUGUUAUUGUUUUUAUUUAGCCAUUGUAAAUAUUAUGUGUACAUAUUUGGUAGAAAGGUUUGUUGUAGAAACAUUACAAUGACACCCCGAAGAAUCAGUUUUCCACCUUGCCAAGAAGCAUGGCUUGGCUCCUUACAUACCAAGUAGGCCUACCCAUGGGGAAAAAGUAUGUCAUACAAGAAAAACUUGGAAAAGUGGGUCCCUGGAGUUAUUUGAUUUGAUAAUUUGGUGCUUCAAGUUGGAUUAUAUUGAACAAUACCUUCUACCCAAUUGAUUAUUUGAAGUCCAAAAUCUCCCAGAGCUGGCAUGCUAUUACGAUUCUCGGCAAGUUAGGAAACUGAAUCUCCAGGGGUGGCGGAUGUAUUAUCAUGACUGCCAUUGUCUCUGCAUGAACAACUUCCAGUAGGACACCAGCAAAACUGGCUGCUGCUACGAAGUCCAGUGUGUCACAAGGAUGUUGCUUUGUUUUGACAGAGACAUGAAGUUAGUUUUGACGCAUACUUUUCACGAAUAUUAAUUGCACCGUCGGUUGGGAUGCCGAUACCCUAUUGGCAUCGACCUUGUUAUGAAACGUGUCGUCUGAAACUUGGCAUGAAAGAGUUGUAUUUUGUGAUUCAAUUUGUAUUUAAACGUUUGCACUUUACUUAGACAUUCCAUGACCGGUAUCAAGGAUCGAAGAAUAUUUCUGUAGCACACAUGCCAAAAAUGGGGCACACGGAGCUUCUAAUGCACAUGUCAAUUAUCACAUUAGGUAAAUCUGGAAAGUUUCUGACGAAGGAUUCAGUGUUUCAGCUAGAAAGUUGAAAAAGGCAAGGUGCAGCACCCUGCUUUAAAUGUAAAUGUUGGACAAUAAUGGUAAAUUAAGAAAAGGCUGGGUGCCAUGAUGUCCUGCUAAAACACUAGGAUUAUUAUUCUUCAGCGGUUUAAAAGUUACUUUCAGAUGAGACUAUUUGUGCCAUGGUUGAUUUCAUCUUUAACUUUAUGUGGACAAAUUAAAGGGUUAAUCUAACCAAUGCUAAUGAAAUGAGAUGAGAUUCCAUUUGGAGAACACCAUGCCUACUUCGUGAAGUCCUUUCCCAUUAAGAUCAAAGCUACAGCAGGUUUAGUUGUCUCUGUUGUCAGACCACCCUAUUAUCUGUCCAGUAUAUCAGUCUCAAAUUGAACAAAGAGACAGGUCAACAAAAAACAUGCUUUCAUUCCAAUUGAGGACAAAUUCUUCAAACAAGUCAAACAAAGGUCAGUUUGGUCCUUUUUUAAGUCACUCCUUUAGGAGUGGGCAUGGUGUUUUCCAGAUAUUUAUGUAAAUGCUUUGCUGGAUCAAAGGACCAAGAUGCGGUGCGUCUGCAAACACUGGAGAAUCAGCAACUGAAUGAUUGAGUUUUUAACUUGCAAGCCCAAUAGCCUUUGAUGUAGCAUUGUUUAAAGUACAGUAAUAGUGAGAACACUUAGAGAUGUCUUCCUCAGCAUGGAACAGCAUGGACUACUCGGCUAUCACUGUAGUUUAAAUGAUGCCACGUAUCUUCGAACACCUGAUUGUGGCAUGUAUCAGGAGGCCAGUGAUGCGACUUUAGUCAGUGGAUAGCCUCUUGUUUCAGGUGUAUAUUGGGAUUGGAGGUAAGACUUGGCCAAUCAUUUACUGAUCCUCCGGUUGACAAAGGUAUAUUAUCAGAGAGAGAGAUAUUAUGAUUUCUGAACCAAAUCUGGCAUUUGAUUCAGUUUGAUUGAGGUGAAAGCCUCGCAGUCUUUUAGAAAGGAUGUUCUG